AUCCAGUGUCUUUGCAAGAAACUUCAAUAAUGCCAACUAGAAGGAAAGAAUAUGGUAUUUUUGUUUCUAGGAUAAUAUGAUUAGAUGGCCUCUCACUGAAAAUUAUAUGUGCUUAUGAAAUGUUCCUCAAAUUAAUGUGGAGAGAUCAAGUGAUCUGACUUUUUCUUCGUAAAAUUUUUAGGAUGGUAGGAUAGCCUUGUUCAAGAAAGUGGUCAAUGUUCAAACUGCAGAUCCCAAAGAUAAUUGGCAGAGGAAAGGCUGUACAUUGGCAAUUGUGUUUUGUGGUACUCACAGCUGUAACAAAGCAUUGGGCUUUAGAAUUUGGUGGGACACUGAGAAAUGAAUACUGUGCCAAUUGCCUCUCACAUUUGGGCGGGGAAAUUGUUGCUAUGAAAACACCCAACCCACCCUAUGAAGAAGAAAACUCCUUGCUCAUGUUGUAAGUAUUUUCGGACGCCAAUUGCAAAGAAAGCUACUGGAAUGAAUUUUUUUUCCCUUGGCUUCUGAUUUAAGAACCUGGAUGAAGGGCUAUACUGUGGUACUGGAAUGGAGAGAUGAUGUCUGAUGCUGAUGACCACCUAAUCCCGGCUAUGAACAUCCAAGAUCCUUAUCUUUUCUUAGAAGGAUAGUUCCAGGACAUCUGAAUUGUAAAAAUAUGAGAAUUGAGAUGGUGAGUCAAGGAAUUGCUUUUGUUGUUAGGUCUUUGAACGCAAGAAAUGUGAGGUGUAAUUGUGAGAAUUGAGAUGUUCGAGUAGUGGAAUUGCUCCUGUUGUAGGACUUGUAACAGUAUACAAUACAGAAUAAGGGAAACCUGAACUAGUCAGUGAGAAUUUAGAUGGUUAGUGGAAUUGCUAUUGUUAGUGCUGAAUACUAAUGUUGUAAGGAAAAAAAAAAAAUUUUCGGCCUUUAAUGUUGUAACUGAGGAUUCAAUUAGACAAUAUACCGAACUACCUGUU